AUGUGGAUAAUUUUUUUCUUCUCUUCAAUUUUUUUUUUUUCUCUUCGCUUUUUUUUUUUUCAAGAUGGAAAAAUCAAUAUCAAUAAUAAUCAGGUAUCAUCUUAUAAAAAAAGAACUACAUUCUACCCAUACAUAUCCAUACACAUAUAUACAAUCACAUACAUAAUGUCAGAUUACGAAGAUAAUGCUUUUAAUGAAGGACACGAAAACUUUGAAGAUUUCGAUGCUCCAGAUCAUUUCUCAGAUAAUGAAUAUGAUGACCCAACACAAAAUGGAGGUGAUGCUGCUUUACAAACAACUGAUGGUAGAACCAUUAUAAAUGGAGGAUUUGGACCUGAUGAUGCAGCACAAGCAAAUUCCCAACCUAUUAAAAAAACAACUAGAGAAUUAGCUAUUCCAAAGGAUAAAAGAACAACUACUCCAUAUAUGACCAAAUAUGAACGUGCUAGAAUAUUAGGUACUAGAGCUUUACAAAUUUCUUUAAAUGCUCCUGUAUUGGUUGAUAUUGAAGGUGAAACUGAUCCUUUACAAAUUGCAAUGAAAGAAUUGGCACAAAGAAAAAUUCCUUUAGUGAUAAGAAGAUAUUUACCUGAUGGUUCUUAUGAAGAUUGGGGUUGUGAUGAAUUAAUUGUCGACCAAUAG